UAAUAUCAAAUCUCGCAUGUUCACUCGCAUUUUCAAUGCUGGCGAUACUUGUUCCAACACUUCCAACUUCCAGUGGCUGUAGAGCGGCACCACUGAUCGAAUUUUAACCCCCACUUAUUGUAAAAGUUUUAGCCGGUUGCCGCCAAUUUCUGCUUGUUUUGUGCGUCUUGUGUGACUGUAAACACACUAGUUGCUGUUCCUUUCAAGUUUUUUUUCUUUUUUAAUUCGAUUUAAUCGAAGGGUUUUUUACUGUUUUAAGUUAGAUUUCCGCAUACUUAGUUUUCCAUUUUUUGAAAAAAAUGAGUCAACCGAGUUCUCCAAGAACAGAUAGGCUUGAAGCUGCUACAUCUCCUGCUCCAGAUUUUGAUGAACCAUUUGAAGAUGAAAGCCGUUUAUUGGGUAAUGAUGACAUAAAUGAGGAAGAAGAAGAUGGGGAAGAACUCUUUGGAGACAACAUGGAGGCUGACUAUCGUCCCAUGUCAGCCCUCGAUCGUUAUGAUCCUGAAAUUGUUGACGAUGAAGAUUACUCUGAACUGUCUCAAGGAGAACGUGCAGCUGCAGAAGCCGCCAUGCGUAAGAGAGACAGGGCUGCAGGCAUUGGUAGAGAUGACAGAGAUCUUCUUUAUGAUGACAGUGACGAUGAGGAUCUUUCUCGUAAACGUCGCAGAGCAGAAAAAGCUGCAGCUGGAGAAAUUGAUGAGACUGAAAUGACAGAAUCAAUUGAAAACUUAGAAGAUACAAAAGGAUAUUCAGUAAAGGAUUGGGUAACUAUGCUUGCUCCAAGAAAUGAAAUCUUCAAUAGGUUCAAGAACUUCUUAAGGACCUAUACUAAUUCAAAAGGGCUUCAUAUGUACAGUGAACGCAUUCGACAUAUGUGUGAAAGCAAUCAGUCAAGUUUUAUUGUGGAAUUCCCCGUUCUUGCUAGCAAAGAACAUGUUCUUGCUUAUUUUUUACCUGAGGCCCCAUUUCAAAUGUUGGAGAUAUUUGAUGAAGUUGCUAAGAAUUUGGUACUCACAAUUUUUCCUAGUUAUGAGAGGGUUACAACAGAAAUACAUGUCAGAAUAUCGGAAUUACCUCUUGUUGAAGAACUGCGUACUUUUAGGAAACUUCAUUUGAAUCAGCUAGUAAGAACAUUGGGUGUUGUAACAGCUACAACAGGGGUUUUACCGCAAUUGUCAAUUGUGAAAUAUGAUUGCAGUAAGUGUGGAUACAUUUUAGGGCCUUACACUCAAUCUCAAAGCCAAGAAAUUAAACCUAAUAAAUGCCCUGAAUGUCAAAGUAGUGGUCCAUUUAUGAUUAAUAUGGAGCAAACCAUAUAUAGAAAUUACCAAAAAAUUACAAUUCAAGAAUCGCCUGGAAGAAUUCCUGCUGGAAGAAUACCUCGAAGUAAAGAUUGCAUUUUAUUGUCUGAUUUAGUAGACCGCUGUAAACCAGGAGAUGAAAUAGAUUUAACCGCCAUAUACACUAACAGUUUUGAUGGCUCUUUAAAUACUGAAGAGGGUUUUCCAGUUUUUGCCACUGUACUUUUAGCAAAUCACUUACAAGUUAAAGAUUCUAAAGAUAUUGUUGAUUCUCUUACAGAAGAGGAUGUCAAUAAUAUUUUGAAACUAAGUAAAGAUCCUCACAUUGCCAAUCGAAUUGUUGCUAGUAUUGGCCCAUCAAUUUAUGGUCAUAAGUUCAUUAAAAGAGCAUUAGCUCUAUCAAUUUUUGGAGGAGUUUCAAAAAAUCCAGGUAUGAAACAUAAAGUCAGAGGAGAUAUAAACAUAUUAAUUUGUGGUGACCCUGGUACUGCAAAAUCUCAAUUUCUUAAAUACAUUGAAAAGAUAGCUCCAAGAGCUAUUUUUACAACAGGCCAAGGGGCAUCUGCUGUUGGUCUUACAGCCUAUGUCAGAAAAUCUCCUAUGACUCAUGAAUGGACUUUAGAAGCUGGUGCAUUAGUACUUGCUGAUAAUGGUAUAUGUUUGAUAGACGAGUUCGACAAGAUGAACGAUCAAGAUAGAACGUCAAUUCAUGAAGCUAUGGAGCAACAGAGUAUUUCUAUAUCCAAAGCUGGUAUAGUUACCUCUUUAAAUGCAAGGUGUGCCGUUAUUGCCGCAUCCAAUCCAAUUGGAGGAAGAUAUGACGCUAGUUUAACAUUUUCUGAUAAUGUUGAUUUAUCUGAACCAAUCAUUUCUCGUUUUGAUAUUUUGUGUAUUGUCAAAGAUGAAGUAGAUCCUAUGCAAGAUAGGCACCUUGCUAAUUUUGUUGUCAAUUCACAUAUUAAACAUCAUCCAUCAAAUUUAGAAAAAGUAGUACCAUCACAACUGGAAAAUAGUGCAGUCAAAGAGUCUGAUGAAUUUGAACCAUUAGAUCAAGAUGUUUUAAAAAAGUAUAUUGUUUAUGCCAAGCAAAAUGUACACCCAAAAUUAAGUAAUGUUGAUAACGAUAAAAUUGCCAAAUUAUACAGUAAACUUAGGCAAGAAAGUAAGAUUACUGGAAGUCAUCCUAUUACUGUACGCCACAUUGAAAGUAUUAUACGUAUGGCAGAGGCUAAUGCCAAAAUGCAUUUGCGUGAAUUCGUAAGAGAAGAAGAUAUAAAUUUGGCUAUUAGAAUGGAAUUAGAAAGUUUUGUUGAAACGCAAAAGUAUUCUGUCAUGAAAGAUAUGAGACAAGCUUUCCAUAAAUAUUUAACAUAUGAGAAAAACCACAAUGAAUUGCUUUACUUUGCACUUCGAGGGUUAACAUUAGAUGCACUGGCAUUUAAAAAAGCUAUGAAUAAAGAUGCUAUUACAUCAGUAGAAAUUCCUGAGAAAAGUUUACUUGAAAGGGCUAAACAAUUCAAAGUGUAUAAUCUUGCACCAUUCUACAAAAGCAACUUGUUUUUGUCUAAUGACUUUUCAUAUGAUUCUAAAAGAAAAGUUAUUGUACAAACUCUGCAUACUGUUGAUGAAGAUUAGUUUUUUAAUCAUUUUUAUUCAUGUACAAUCAUAUUUUUAAAAAAAUAUAUUUUGCUUUCUUUA